ACAGUGAGCUGCCAAAGAGGAAGUGCAGCUUGUUUUCUUUCAUUUUCUUGAUUCCUAUGCUGUAGGAAGAUGAAAGGAGAAGGAGGAGGAGGAGGCAACAGCGGCAGCCAAACUUAAUAAAUAAUUCUGACGAUUCCUGAUAUCAAAUGGAGGUCCCUGAGUGGGACCCACAGAAAAAUGACACCCUCCCGCCGACCCUGACGCCAGCUGUCCCUCCGUAUGUGAAGUUGGGCCUGACCAUUGUAUAUACUGUUUUUUAUUCACUGCUUUUUGUGUUCAUCUACGUCCAGCUCUGGCUGGUCCUUCACUACCGGCACAAGAGGUUCAGUUACCAAACUGUCUUUCUGUUUCUGUGCUUGUUUUGGGCCUCACUUAGGACUGUGCUCUUUUCGUUUUACUUCAAAGACUUUGUCACAGCAAAUUCUCUCAGCCCCUUCAUCUUCUGGCUUCUCUAUUGCUUCCCAGUCUGCCUCCAGUUUUUCACCCUGACCCUGAUGAAUCUUUACUUCACACAGGUCAUUUUCAAAGCUAAGUCAAAAUAUUCCCCAGAGCUACUGAAAUACAGGUUGCCCCUCUACCUGGCUUCUCUUUUCAUAAGUCUCCUCUUCCUCUUGGUGAAUUUAACAUGCGCAGUAUUGGUGAGGACACAGAAUUCAGAGAGAAAAGUCAUUGUCUCUGUCCGGGUGGCAAUUAAUGACACGUUGUUUGUGCUGUGCGCUGUUUCACUCUCCAUCUGCCUGUAUAAGAUUUCCAAGAUGUCUUUAGCCAACAUUUACUUGGAGUCCAAGGGCUCAUCUGUCUGUCAGGUGACAAGUAUAGGAGUGACUGUUAUACUACUUUAUACCUCACGAGCCUGUUACAACUUGUUCAUCUUAUCAUUUUCCCAAACCAAGAAAGUAAAUUCUUUUGAUUACGACUGGUACAACGUAUCAGAUCAGGCAGAUCUGAAAUGUCAGCUGGGAGAUGCAGGUUACAUAGUGUUUGGAGUGAUCCUUUUCAUCUGGGAGCUCUUGCCUACUUCCUUGGUUGUGUAUUUCUUCCGUGUCCGAAACCCUACAAAAGAUCUAGGCAGCGCCGGCAUGGUCCCAAGCCACGGCUUCAGCCCCAGAUCUUAUUUCUUCGACAACCCUCGCAGAUACGACAGCGACGACGACCUGGCGUGGAAUGUUGCACCACAGGGGGCACAGGGCAGUUUUUCUCCAGACUACUACGACUGGGGCCACCACAACAACAGUUUCACAGCUUACAUAGGAUCCCUCCAACAAGAUCCAGCACUGGACACAGACCGGCCAAGCCCUAUAUAACUUCAGUCAACUGCAGCUUUCUAGGACAUUCCAAUAUUAAAACAAAUGUUCUGAAAAACAAAGCUUACCAAUUUUUCUUCACAUUUUGGUUUUUAGAAGUGUACCUAUGCACAGAUAAAUGAAGAACUUGUCUUUGCCACAAGCUUUUCAUAGUCCAAGGAGAAGUAUAUAAGCUAAUGAUUUAAAUGUUGAAGACUGUUCUCAUUAAUACCUUGUUCUAAGCCACAGUAUUUUUGGCUUUGAAUAGAGUUGUUAGAGGAUAUAAUUUAAUCAAUUUAUGCUCAUUUUAAAAGAGCAAAUUUCAUGAAGUGAAAUGGCAUAAUUAUUUUCUAAGUAUUUUUAUUUUUACACUGUGUGUUAGGUUAGAAAUACAAGAUUAUGAUGAAUAUACUGUAAACACAUGAAUGGGUUGUUCAAAUGUGUGACAGUAAUGAUUCUUAUGUGCACAUAAAAACCUGUAAGGGAAAAAUAUCAACCCGAUUAAAUAUCGUCUUUUCAAG